CUCUCCGCCGCCCGGGCUCUGACCUUCCUCCUUCCCCAGCCCCGAGAGAUCCCGGAGAGACGCGGUGGCGGCGGCAGCGCCACCUCCUCCUCCUCCCCCGGGAAGUCGUCCGGGCUUGAGGCCGGGCCCCAGACGCCCCGCUUCGCCCCGCGGCGCCGCCGAUGGUGCCCGGCGCUCCUGCCCCCAGUGCAUGAGCCACAGAGCCCGCUAGCCACAGUGUCACAACUGCUCAUCUCCCCACGGCCACACCAUGUCUGGUUCCUACGAUGAGGCCUCUCUGGCUCCGGAGGAGACCACUGAUAGCUUCUGGGAGGUGGGGAACUACAAGCGGACCGUGAAGCGCAUCGACGACGGCCACCGUCUGUGCAACGACCUGAUGAACUGCGUGCAGGAGCGCGCCAAAAUCGAGAAGGCGUACGCGCAGCAGCUCACCGACUGGGCCAAACGCUGGCGCCAGCUCAUCGAGAAAGGCCCACAGUAUGGCAGCCUGGAGCGGGCCUGGGGUGCCAUAAUGACAGAGGCGGACAAGGUGAGCGAACUGCACCAGGAGGUGAAGAACAACCUGCUGAACGAGGACCUGGAGAAGGUCAAGAACUGGCAGAAGGACGCCUAUCACAAGCAGAUCAUGGGCGGUUUCAAGGAGACCAAGGAGGCUGAAGAUGGCUUCCGCAAGGCCCAGAAGCCCUGGGCCAAGAAGAUGAAGGAGCUGGAGGCGGCCAAGAAGGCCUACCAUUUGGCCUGCAAAGAGGAGAAGCUGGCCAUGACCCGGGAGAUGAACAGCAAGACAGAGCAGUCGGUCACACCUGAGCAGCAAAAGAAGCUGCAGGACAAAGUGGACAAGUGCAAGCAGGACGUGCAGAAGACUCAGGAGAAGUAUGAGAAGGUGCUGGAAGAUGUUGGCAAGACCACGCCCCAGUACAUGGAGGGCAUGGAGCAGGUAUUUGAACAGUGCCAGCAAUUUGAGGAAAAGCGGCUGGUCUUCCUCAAGGAGGUGCUGCUGGACAUCAAACGACACCUCAACCUGGCUGAGAACAGCAGCUACAUCCAUGUGUACCGUGAACUGGAGCAGGCCAUCCGGGGGGCUGAUGCCCAAGAGGACCUCAGAUGGUUCCGCAGCACCAGCGGCCCUGGCAUGCCCAUGAACUGGCCCCAGUUUGAGGAGUGGAACCCAGACCUUCCCCACACCACUGCCAAGAAGGAGAAGCAGCCCAAGAAGGCAGAUGGAGUGGCACUGAGCAAUGCCACGGGGGCAGUGGAGUCCACCUCCCAGGCUGGGGACCGUGGCAGCGUUAGCAGCUACGACAGAGGGCAGCCCUACGCCGCCGAGUGGUCGGACGACGAGAGCGGGAACCCCUUCGGGGGCAAUGAGGCCAACGGAGGCGCCAACCCCUUCGAGGAUGACACCAAGGGAGUGCGCGUGCGGGCGCUCUACGACUACGAUGGCCAGGAGCAGGACGAACUCAGCUUCAAGGCGGGAGACGAGCUCACCAAGCUGGGCGAGGAGGAUGAACAGGGCUGGUGCCGCGGGCGUCUGGACAGUGGGCAGCUGGGCCUCUAUCCCGCCAACUACGUGGAGGCCAUCUAGCUGCCCUGCUGGUUCCUCUCCCCUUCACUCUGCACCCACCGCCUCCCCUUCCUUCCCACUCUCGUCUCCUCCCCCUCGCCAUAGAGUUCCAGACAUAUUUUCCGAUCAAGCUUUUAUUUUUUUAAAAGUCUAAACAGAACAAAACAAAAAAAUACAAAGAGACAGAGCAUUUGCAGGGCCACCUGGAGGCCAGGGUGGUGGGGCUUGGGACAGGAUGGCCCCAGGGUGGGUGAGGGUCUUAGGACUUAGCCCAGCAUCACAACAUCUGCUCUUCAGAGUCCACCAAAGAGUCUCCUGAGCCCUGAGGGACAUCUUCUGGACCCUUCUACCCUCCUCACCCCACCCUACCCCACCCCAGACUACCAGUACUGUCCUUGUUCUCUGAGCCUGGCUUCCUAACCUCUUCUUCCUCCUCACCCCCACCCCCUUCCACCACUACCCCACUCUCAAAGGCCUCCCCUCAAGACCCCAAGAAGGGAGGCCUCCCAAUCUUUAGUCUUCCACUGUGCCCCAGGAGUGCCCUCCUCUUCCUUGCCCCAUCCCUUGGGAUCAGUGGGACUACUGGAGAAAUGGUCACCCUCCUUCCCCACAGAGGUUUCCAGGGGUCCCCAGACUCUCCCAGACAUGAAGAGGGGUGAGCUGGAGGAAGUGACAUUGUCUCUGGAGAACAGGAAGGUGAGUGAAGGGAGAGUGGGCCCUCAACCUGGCCCAUGCCAGCCCUCCCAACACCGGGUCCAUCUGGAGGACCAAGACCCUGUCUGGGCCCUUCUUUCUGGCUAUCAGCACUGUGGGCACUCACCCUUCCUCAGAGCCACACCCCUUGAUAGCUUGCAAAGACCCUGCCCCCUCCCACAAGUCCUUUGGCACAGGGCAGGGGCCCCCCAAUCCAGGACAAAGCCAGCAACAGUAGCAGCCUCCUCCCAUUUCCUGGGGAGAAGGGCAUCUUGCCUGCCCCUACACCCUCCCUCCGUGUUCAUCAAAACUAUAGGGUCACUAGGCUCAUCUUGGGCCCCCGUAAAACCAAGGCUGGUGCCUGCAAGGCUCCUGGCGUAACCACCCCUCUCUCCCCUCUCCUGUCCUGCCUGGGGAGACACACUGGGGGCCCAUGGGAGCUUCCAGCCUCAGACUCACAGGAGAAAGCCUGCAGCUGAGCUUGGUAGGAAGGAGGCAUCCCGGCCCUCAGGAGCAGGGUGGUCUCCAGUCUUUCCUCCUUGUCCUCCCAGCUCCCUAAACUCCCCCUGCUGGCAGCACCCCAACUGUCCAAACAGGGUCCCGAUUAAAGGACUCUGGGUGUGGGAGGGGACAAAGGGUCCUUCUGUUCAGUGAGAGCAGUGGUGCAGAGUGCCAGCCUCUCCCUUGGGGUGGGGGGUGUAGGGGGAGCUUGAGGACAAGACCAGGUUGACAAGGCCCCCAAAGUUGGAUGAGUAGAAAAGUCUAGAGGAAAAGUCUCUUGGAAAUCUCUGGGGCGAGGCCCUCAGAAGUCCUGCUGCCCUGGGCAAGGCUUGCUCACAGCUGGUGCCACUUCUAGGCCUCUGGACUGCAGACACCUGUGGUCCUCCCUUUUGCCUCAGGUGGCCUCCGGGGCCUCCAGGUAAAGAUGGCAUCCUACCCCAGCCCCUCAGACCCCCUCAGUCCUCUUUCUCUCCUGCUGCUUCUCCCAGAAGCCCACUGUUAGGAAGUGGUGGGCCCUGGCACGAGGCUCUGCUCUUCUUCCUGUGGGCACAGAGGAUCGUGACAGCUGUGGUGGCCGCCUGAGCUAGGACAAGCCUCCCUCAGGGCCAGGGGCAAAGGCACCCCAGGCACAGGCACCCCCAGCUGCCAGCACCCCUUCCUUAUCACUUCUGGUCUGAGUCUCUGCUGCAGCCUGAGAUGUGCCCUGGACCUCAGAGCUGGGGUACAGCUCCAGAAGCCCACGGCCCUCCCCGCUCUGGGACCAAGCUGCUGCCGCCCCUGCGGGCAGGAGCUGGGCCGGGGCCUCUGCCCCUCACCACCUACCCUGGAAAGGCAGGGAGCCGGCACACCUGCACUUGGGGCCUGGGCUCCCACUUUCUGUGCCCGUGGCUUCCCAGCACCUGGGGAGGGGCUGCGGCCCUGGCUGGACCCUAGGCUGUCGCCCUUGCACUCCCGCUGCCCCUUCAGGGCAGGGGCUGGAAACAUCCCUUUGGGGCAAGCACCUCCACCGCCCCCCUUUGGGACCACCUUCUCUCAGUCCCUGAGCUCCUCAGGACCCUGGCGCUGGAGGGUCUCCCACCUGGAAGUCCCCCUGAGCCCCUGGGGCCCAGCCCCACCUGUCAGAGCUGCACGGGCGCCCAGGGGAGGGGGUGCCCGGCGAGUCAUGUGUUUUGUCCCCAGUUAGCACCAUUCUACAGCCUGGUUCUGUGAGGGGCCAGGGCUGCCCGCCGCCCGCCACCCACCGUCUGCCACUUAGGCUUCCUGAUUCCAUUAGUUCAACACUUGUGAAACUCCGAGAAGUGCUGUGGUCUCAGCAAUGCACCUGUUUUGUACAUGAUUGUGUAAUUUAAAGGUAUAUAAAUACAAAUAUAUAUAUAUAUAAGUUGUGACUGUACGACUGUGGAUAAAAUCCAGAACUGUGUCAACCUG